ACGUGAAGGAACGACCACUGCUGGGUGAGUGGGCGCAGAGGAUUUACGUGGACCGUUGGAUCACUUUUGCUCGGUCUAGAUUGACCCACAUCCGGCUGGUAGAAACCCAGCGCUACACCGCGGGGAGUCAGCCGUCUACCAGCUCCCAGUUCACAGAGCCAUGUCAGCCCGCGCCGCGGCCGGCGGCGAGGGCGGCGGCCGCCACGGGACCCUCUCCAAGGUCUCCCUCUCGUCGGUCUCGGCCGCCGCAGCGGAGGCCGCCACCUUCCCCAUCGACGCCGUCAAGACGCGCCUCCAGCUCCACCGCAGCCCGGGGGGCGGGGGAGGGGGCGGCGUCAUCCGCGUCGCCGGCGAGCUCUUCCGCGACGGCGGGAUGUACCGGGGCCUCUCUCCCGCCGUCCUCCGCCACCUCUUUUACACCCCGCUCCGCAUCGUGGGAUACGAGCACUUCCGGUCCUCUCUCGCCAGCGGGGGGCGGGAGGUGGGCCUUCUCGAGAAGGCGCUCGCCGGGGGACUCUCCGGCAUUGGCGCCCAGGUGGUGUCAAGCCCUGCUGAUCUUAUAAAGGUAAGGAUGCAAGCAGACAGCAGACUGUUAAGCCAAGGUAUUCAACCACGGUACACCGGAAUCGCAAAUGCCUUCACAAAAAUCAUACGAGCUGAGGGCUUUCUAGGACUUUGGAAGGGGGUUGUUCCAAAUGCGCAACGGGCAUUUCUUGUCAACAUGGGUGAAUUGACAUGCUAUGAUCAAGCAAAGCAUCUCAUUAUCCGCAAGCAGAUUUGUGAUGAUAAUCUGUACGCUCACACAUUGGCCUCUGUCGCCUCUGGACUGUCUGCGACAACCUUGAGCUGCCCAGCGGAUGUAAUCAAAACUAGGAUGAUGAAUCAGGGCAGAGAGGGAAAAGCUCUAUACAGGAAUUCUUAUGAUUGUUUGGUAACUACCGUCAGACAUGAGGGCGUAACGGCACUGUGGAAGGGUUUCUUGCCUACGUGGGCGAGGCUUGGCCCGUGGCAGUUUGUGUUCUGGGUUUCCUACGAGAAAUUGCGCCAAGCAUCAGGUAUCUCAUCAUUCUGAUAAUGACGGGUGGUUCUUAUACGAGAGAGGCUUUUAGAUCAAAUAAAUUUACGUUUCUGCACCUUCAUUGCGGCUUCAUAUACGAUAUAAACCUGUUCAUGCUCAUUUACUUGACCGUGGGCUUUUAUCAUG